AUGUUCCGUCCCGCCGCCAGAGCGCUCGUUCGCCGCGCGCCUGCUGUCGCAGGUCGUGGUGCGGCUGGCUCGCGAUUGAUAAGCACAGGCCCGGCGCCGAAGUCGAGGUCUUGGAAGAGCACGGCUGUGCGGUUGGGUUUGGCGGCUGGCGCGGUCUAUUACUACAACACGAGCAGUGUGUUUGCUCAGGAGCCGACGUUCUCCCUCCGCCCAAGUCCCCAAAAUGACUCUGAAAAUGAACACUCCACCCAAACCCUCGACUCCAUCACCCCCAAGAUCCGGGAAGAACGGCAGCAGCAGCAGCGGGCCGCCGCAUUCGAAGGAGGCGUGAACCCACAAGAGCUGGAGGAAGAAGCCGGCCAGGAAGCCGCAUUCAACCCGGAGACCGGCGAAAUCAACUGGGAUUGCCCGUGCCUGGGCGGGAUGGCCCACGGCCCGUGCGGAGAGGAGUUCAAGGCUGCGUUUAGCUGCUUUGUGUACUCGCAGGAGGAGCCAAAGGGGAUUGAGUGCAUUGAGAAGUUCAAGGGCAUGCAAGAUUGCUUCCGUCAACACCCUGACGUCUACGGCGCCGAACUGGAAGACGAUGAGGAGAUUGAGGGUGCUGCCCCGGCUCCCUCUCCCGAUACCGCUGCCCCCGCUGUUGAAGGAGAAGCCACAGCCGACUCCGAGGAGAAGCGUGCUCGCGCCAAGGAGGUCCACACUCAAAUGAAGACCGAGGCCGCUGAGAAGGGCGAGCAAACUGAUAGCGAACUCCUACCCAAGGCCGUGCACGACACCGAGGAGAAGAACGAGGCAGUCCUGAAGACGGAGAAAUAA